UUUGUGUCUGAAAGAGCCAAGUAGGAGUUGGAAGGAAAUCUCCAUAGAAACUAGCCUCCCAGGAAGUAGCCAGAAGGGUUACUGUGUUGGUGGCACAGAGCUGGAAACAUGUCAGGAAAGAAAUGACUGCUUUGCAAAACUGGGGUACGUUUCUGGAAAUAUCUUAAUUUAAAAAGCUACAUUGAGGUCUUCAAACCACCAUCAUGAUUUCUCCAUGAGAAAUGGGCCUGAACCACUCCAAGGCUCACCCUCGGGUGAUCAAAGUCGCCCCUUUGCAAAACAAAGAAGCAGAGAUUCCCUCAGCUGGCCCUUUGCACUUGUUAUCAAGUCAGAAGUUGGAAGAAAAGAGUUCUUAUUCGUUUGAAAAACUGCAGGAUGGGAGUAAAGCUUUGGAAGGGCAGCUACCACCUCUGCGAGAAUCCUGGUACGGAGGACAUUCUGCAGUAUCCACAGACAUGUAUUUUGACAUCCCAUUGGAACAGAGAGAAACAAGUAUUAUUAAAAGGCAUCCACCCCGAAGGCUUCAAAAGCUUGAGGCCAUUGACCUGCCACAAGUAAUUACCUCUGAAAGGCUCCUGAGCCAGCAAGAAGCCAGGACAAGGCACAGUACAAAGGAACUAGAAAAGAAAAUGCCAACUUCCAUGUAUACUUCUGGUAAGAGACAAUAUUUGCAUAAGAUGAAGAUGCUGGAAAUGAACCGUAAAAGACAAGAGGCCCAAUUGGAACUGAAGAAAAAUCUUCCUAGGGAAGCAAGGAACAAUCAGCAAAAACUGAGAAAUCAUAAAACCAAGAAAACACUUCAAAGCAUCCCAAAGAACAGUGUUCUAACCAUAUUGCCUGAUGAAACCAUGAGCAGAGGUUCAGGAAAUUCUCAUGAUGCAGAAUUUUUGGCCUAUGGAGCAAGGAAUGCCUAUUGUCAUCAAAAAAUUGGCAAAAUGGAAACAUGGCUCCAUGAACCAGAGGCUGGGGGACAGCUCCCCUGGGACAGUUCUGGCUCUGACUCAGAUGAGCUGGAGAAAGAUGGGAAAGAACCACACCCUCUUGUGAGAACUAGGACAGAGAAAACCUUACUUUUUGAUGAGUUUUUUGAUGGAGAAUAAGAAUGCUACUCACUCUGUGACCCCCUCCCUGUCCCUCUGGCAAAUAAUGAUGGUAUUGAAAGCUUGGUUUUUUGGUUUAAAAAAAUCGUUCAAGUUAGCAUAUGAAUCACAGAGCAAUUCACUUCAGUCAACAGAUCACAGGUUUGUCACAUCCGCUGUUCCCCCCUGUCUGUUGAACCGCCUCAACACUGAAACAACCGCCAUUUUAUUCCUCACCCUUCUGUGUAUGGUUGGGCCAACAAAGUGGUUCUUCUGCUAGUCUCUGUACACCUCUCAUGUAAUUGAAAUCAAAUUGCAACUAGACCUGGAGUCCUUUGAAGGCUCGGUCGGGAUAUAGUGCCAGCUGCACCCUGCCAACUCUCUAUGCCUCUUCACAAGAUCUCCACAACAGGGUAGUGAAAUUUCCUGCAUACCUGCCCAAGCCUCUAACAAACAAACAUCUCAAGAAGAGAAAACAGGGGCUGGGAAUGUGGCCUAGUGGUAGAGUGCUUGCCUAGCAUGCAUGAAGCCCUGGGUUUG